AUGGAUAUCGACGACGACGAUCAUCGCUACAAUGUGAGCGGCAAAAUCAUGGUCACGGCGAUAAUAUCUCUGUCAUUCGUUGUACUACUUGUCACACUCCUUCACAUUUAUGUAAGAUGUGUUCUUCGGCGCCAAGCUCGCCAGCGCGCUUCUCUCUGGCAAAUAGGCCUCUUCGCAACGGCUCCCGAGCCCCCGAAAGCCGGCCUAGACGAAACAAUCAUCGGAUCACUGCCAAGUUUUGUUUUCAGACAUGAUCACAAGUCAAGGACUAUAGAGUGCGCAGUCUGUCUAAGUAACUUAGAGGAUGGCGAAUUGAUUAGAAUUUUACCGAAUUGUGAUCACAAUUUCCAUGUAGCUUGUAUUGAUACUUGGUUAAGUACAAAUUCCACUUGUCCUGUUUGUCGUAGCGCGGUAGAGCCACCGCAGAUUAUUGAACAAGGCAAUGAGCCUGAAACAGAGGAGCCUCAUCCGACAGCUCCGCCUCUGGAUCAUGAAAUCGCGGAGGGAACAGCUGAGGCUUCGGGGAAGGUUAUUGGAUCAUCGUCAAGACUAGGUUCGUUUAGGAAAAUGUUGAGCCGGGAUCGUUCAUCACAGCGAAUUCAUGAUGAUCUGGAGAAGCAGUAA